AUGGCAGACCAAAAACCAACUCAAAUUCCUACCCAGGCCUCCUCUCAGCCAACCAAAGGCGCCGCCACUAAGGCCCAGCUUUCCAAUACCGUCAAAACCUUGCAAUUUGCCUGGUAUGUGGGCCAUCUUAUCACUAUGGUCAGUACCAUUUUCUUCGCAUUGAGCUACGUGAGAGUGUUUCCAAAGGCAUACAAGUUCUGGUACAAGCUUGCACUCUUCGGUGUUGUGGAGAGUUUUGGUGUUUUGAUUUUGCAGAACAUCAAGAAGAACGGUGUCAACUUGGGAGCCUUGAUCAAGGAAGACAACUUCCAGUACUUGAUUUUGGGAUUGGUUUUCUUUGUGUACAGCCCAUACGUGUUAUUGACUUUGCUGAGCUUCUUUUUGUUCUCUACAUUCCACGUUUUGACUUACACCAAGCACUUUUUGUUGCCAGCUUUGAACAUUCCUGAGACCCACCCAGUGAGUGUCAAAAUUGGCAACUUUGUCGCAUCCAACAACACCAGAUCCAUGCAAUUGGCCGCUUUGUUGGAAGUGUACACGUUUUUCUUGUUGUUUGUGAGACUUUUGACAUUCAGUCGUGCAUCGUUGAUCCAAUUCGUGGUGUAUUUCGUCUUUAUCAAGUUGAGAUUUGAGAAGUCUGCUUACACCAGAAACGCAUUCAAGUCUAUUGAGAUCAAGGUUGAAGACGUUGUCAACAACUUGGGCCAGCCAGCUGUUAAGAAUGCCUGGUUGAACGUGAAGGGAGUUUUCGGUAAGAUUGGAGCUUUCCACAUUCUCAACGACUACACCAAGGAGAAGGCCACUUAA